AUGGCUACAGUGAACUCAUUUUACAGUGAUAUUCAGGCAAACUAUGGCGGCUGUUACGGCUACUCUCAGCCGUGCCAGGAACAGUACAGUGUGACCAGCUUUCAAUCGCCUGCGCUGCAGUACGCAGAAAGUGUCGGGAUCCAGCCCCAACAGCAGGCGGAGUCAGGCGCAACUGGUGUGCUGUGUCCGCAACAGCAUCUGCCGGAAAAACCAGUCACUUCGAUCUACGGCUCCGGCCACUACCAGUGCAGUGGCAGUGAGCAGUAUGCUGCAACUCCUUACUACUCGUCCGGGCAACAGUCUGCCUACGCGAAUCAUCUGGACUCCUACUACAAUUAUCAGUAUUACCCGAUCGCGCCUUCACAUGCGUCACUGAACGUGGCACAACCCUCGGUCUCCAGCCAGUACCAGUACACGCAGCUAUCGGCAACGGAUGCGCUCUACGCUAAGAAAAUCGAUCCAAUUGCUGAGCCGCCCUCGAACACGCUGAAAAGAAAGUGUUCCGCCGAAGACGACGAAAACUCGGUGAAGUGCCCGGAACAGGACUCGCCCGCCCUGCGCGCGCUGCUCACGAAUCCGGCCAAAAAGCUGAAGUAUAACCCGCACUAUGCCCGUGCUGGGACGCUGACCGGAUCCGCUAGUUUGUCCCCGGCAGCCAGUGACCGCCUCGUGCCGGACAUCGUCCCGAUGUCGCCGAACAAAACGGACGACAGCAUCGAUAGCCUGUUGGAGAGCGCCACUAAGCAUGACUACGAAUCGCUCGGAGAAGGGCCCAAGUUCGGCCUAGCGCACCUGGGUCAGCCCGGAACUCCCCGGUACGAUGGCGUUAGCACUCCGCCUCUGUCGCCGAAGGGCCUGGAAAGUGUCCCAAUGCCAUCGGAAGCGAUGGGCGUAGGGAAAUGGGUGCACCAUGGUGAUUCAGAAGAAAACGCAAAAGAAAACGCGGCGAAACGAACACGCCAAUCGUACUCCCGGCACCAGACGCUGGAGCUGGAGAAAGAGUUUCACUUCAAUCGCUACCUCACGCGAAGGCGCCGGAUCGAGAUUGCCGGAACGCUCCAUCUGACCGAGCGUCAGAUUAAGAUCUGGUUCCAGAACCGACGCAUGAAGGCCAAAAAAGAUUACCAGUCGACCUCUACGACACCGGAGCUGGCGUUCGACGGAGACCUGUCGCAGCCGGGCGUGGCCCACGGGCCCAUGAAGAUGCCGAUGCCGUCGUCGCAAAUACCGGUUUCUUAUGGCAACGGACAGCAAGAGGCUACGAACCAGCAGCACCUAGACCUUCACCAGCACUACCAGCAACAGUCCCAGGGCGCAGUGAGCAGUGCUUCAAACGGUCAGUGGCCUUAUCACCACUCGCAGGACUAUUAUCACUCGCAGCUCCUGCAACACACCCCGCAGCAGCAGCACCAGCAGCCGCCAGCGCAGCCGCAGCAUCCGCACUUUGGUCAGCAUAGCAUUCCGCGUGCCCCGUUUCCCUACGAACGGGUGCAGUACCACCCACUGUCGUCGUCGUCCGGUGCUGCGGGCAUCACACCCACGUUUGCGUGA